CUUUGUUUACGGGGGCGAGCGGGCGUUGCACCUCGCGACCCGCCAACGCGCACGCGUGACUAAUUUAAAAAUAAAACUUAUAUUCGCCGCUGUUACAUCCUGUGCUCCUUGACUAAUUCGUCUCAAAACUUACUCCAAAUAACUAACAUCUAUCAAAAUUUAAUUCUAUAUUUACUUUGACGCAAAACGAAAAAGUUUUAGUUCGCAUUCCUUCUCAAGUGUGCAAACUUGUGCUGAUUAAGUGAAUAUUUGUUCAGGUCUUCAUUUAAAUUAAAAAAAUAAGUUACUAACGUGAUGCUACUGACUCUGCACCGCAAUGUAAAUAUUUGAAAACCGAACAUACUUAGAUAAAUAAACAAACCUUUUUAGUGCACACGUGCGCCUACAAAUUAUUAUGGAUGUGUAUCCGAAUAACUAAAUCAUAAAAAAGUAAAAAUGGAUUGGCGCGAAAAACUGUUUGGGAAGGUACUGGUGAAAUGUGAAUCGGGGACUCAAAAUGGUAAAUUCGAGAAUGUAUCAACAUUAGAAGCUUUGUCUGACUGUGUGGAGGAGGGUGAGGGAGCUGUGUGCGGAAUUUACUUUUCUUUCGCGAAUAUUAGUGAUACAAGUGACGAUUUCGGAGUGCGUCUGGAGGAGGUGUACAAACGUGUGCAUCCUCGUUUGAAGGUCGUGCAGGUGGUGUUGUGGGCUCAUGUUGGCACCCCUGAGGGUCUUGCGGAGAGAGAGGCGGGAUUCCGUAGAAGUUUAACCGGCAAGACCUGGUUUGCUGUGCCGUUCCACGAUGUCGAUACAAAGCGCCGUCUCACCCAGAAGUACAGCAUCGCAGUAGGGGUCCCGACGCUGGUGAUCAGAGGUCGUCACGUAAGGGAUGCUCUCCUGGACGAUGCGCUGGGAGAGAAGUUCCCCUGGCCCCCUCCACCUCUAACUGAAGUCUUGAGAGGAGUACAGCUGCAGGGAGAUGGGGAGAGCCGACUCUAUGAGCAGCUGCCAGCUAAUGCUGUCAGGGUGUUCUAUUUUGCGGCGCAUUGGUGUCCACCAUGCCGGUCGUUCUCCCCGAGCCUGUGCGCGGCGCUGGCGGCGGUGCGCAAGCGUCGCACCAAGUACGCCAACACGCAGCUUAUACUCGUCUCCAGUGACAGGAGUGAGCAAUCCUACAACCGCACAGUGCAAUCAGUUUCCUCAGUGGGCGCCCUCUCGGUGCCCUGGUCAGCAACAGAUGCCCGGCUCACCAUGCCGGCAGCUCUGGGCGUCGCUGGCAUACCCGCCCUCGUCAUCACGGACUCUGCUGGCAAGAUCCUCACUGCUAAUGGAAGACAACAUCUGUCUGCUGAUCCGCUUGGCUUUAACUUCCCAUGGGCCCAGCGACCAGUCUCUGUGCUGACAGAGCAAGCGUUGUUGAAAAUGGCACGACACCCUGCCGUCGUACUGUUUAUAGAUGACGAGGACUCGGAAAUAGAAUUCGCUGAAUCCGUAAUCACACCAUCAGCUGAAUCUUACUACGAGGAGUGCAGCAUACAGUUCCCAGGGUUCUGUCCUUACCAGAACUCCUCAGAUGAUGAGACCAUGGACUUUGAUUACCCGACAUCCAGACACUCGAGGCUGAAGAAGAAGCCGUUCAAACAUGUCAUGUUUUACAUCGGGAUUGAUGGCACCGAUAGCGCGGAUAUGUUGCGGGAGCAUAUAGGUCUCGACGAUGCAGUUCCCCUCCUCACGUCCAUAGACUUUCCUAAGCAGCGUAUGGUGACCAUGAAGUAUGGUGACGAAAUUACCACAGAUUCGGUACAGAAUUUCGUCGACGCCUACCUCAGUGGAAAUGCUGAUUUCAAGCCCUUGAAACCAUACAGCGAAAAGUGUUAGACUUUUGCAAGAUACAUCAUACAUAAAUGUUUAUAA